CGGGGAUUUCGGCAAAUGAACAUUUAAUUAAUGUGGGUGGGCUGAGAGAACACAACGAGUGUUUAUCAUAGACCGUUUAUUUUCCAGCGCUAAGCCAACAUAAAACAGCAAAACGGACAACAAUUAUUUAACAUUUUAGACUCAUGGAGCGCUCAGUAUCUGCUCAGGCCUGCCGGUGAUCUCCACAGACCGAAACUGUCCUCGCUGCAGUCAUGAGUUUACACCGCAGUCAAGUGUCCCAGCCGACCGGCGUGUCUUCUUCAACUCUAGGCUUAUCGAAUUCCUCCCUAAUCUACGUCUACGGGGGCGAAGUUGGGGGCAUUAUCCCCACUUUGGGAUUCGCGUCCACCCGACAGGAGCUUCCGCAGAAACCUCCCUACAGCUACAUCGCGCUCAUCGCCAUGGCAAUUAAGAACGCGCCAGACAAGCGCGCGACGCUCAGCGGGAUCUAUCAGUUCAUCAUGGACCGCUUCCCCUUUUACCAUGACAACAAGCAGGGCUGGCAGAACUCAAUCCGCCACAACCUCUCGCUGAACGACUGCUUCAUCAAAGUGCCCCGAGAGAAAGGGCGCCCGGGCAAGGGCAGCUACUGGACGCUGGACACCAAAUGCCUGGACAUGUUCGAGAACGGGAACUACCGGCGACGCAAGAGAAAGUGCAAAAUUCAAGAGACGCGCGUGACCAAAACGAGUCCUAAGAGAACCCGAGGUGCGACACAUCACCACAGCAUUCACUUGGAAAAAGAGGACUCACGUUUAGUAGCGAAGCAAACGAAUACGGACAAAAAACACCUUGAAAGAGAGCAGUCACACAAUGCAACUCCAAGUGUGGCCACGCGCACCGAGUUUUGCGCGUCAUCCGACUCUACGAAAGACUGGUGUUUGACGCGCCCUAAUCCACGAUGCCCGACACCCGAGUCGCUGAACCCGAUAAAUCGCACCGACACACAGACCGACCCUCGAGUGCUGGUAACCAUGGAGCGACCGGACGGCGUUUUGCCAGCUGCAAUUGGGAGCGCGCGAACUGGAGACGCCAGAUCAGAAGACACGCAUGCCGAAACGCACCCUAGAAAAACGACAGACAAAUCGAAGGAGUUUAGCAUUGACAGUAUUCUAUCGAAAAAGGAGAAUCACCACCAACGGAGGUGCGGUGCUGCUGCGGGAGCGCCGGUGGCUCUUCUGGAGUCGCGCGGUUACGCGCUCACGUCCUCACUGAUCGCGCACGCGCACCCACAGCUGUAUCCACGCGGAUUCCCGCUCUGCUCGUACCUGUCUCUCACCUGUCCUGAGAAAAUGCUGAACUUUAGUGAGAAAACAGGCGACAGAUUUUUCUUUUGACUGCUCGAGGCUUUUAUGGCAUGACAUCACACUGACGCAAAUAAAUUAAUCAAAGAGGCAUUGUUAUGUUUAGACAAGAUAGGCUACAGUAAAUUCAGUCUAGUAACAUUCACCAUUCUUGUUAAUGGGAAAUAAAAUAGCCUACAGUUUAUAAAACAUUUAUGAGGGAUUAAGAAUAAAACUGUUGUUAUUAUUGUAUUACCGUUGUUAUUAUUAUGGUUGUUGUCCUCAUGGGAUUCAACAUGGGUGGCCCACAUACUGAAGAGUAACAGUAGUUCAUUCUUAUGACGUAGGCUAUACUAUUAUCAAGAUGGGACUCUUUGCAAACAAUCCAUAGCACAGAUGUCUGACUUUGCUAAAUGUUAAUGUUUAUCUGAACUAUGGUUAUACUGUAUAUACUCCUCCCUACACAUUUGAGAAAGACAAAGACAGACAAACUACUAUAGACUGUACUGUUGUUUUGAACGUUCUUUAACAAAUUUAUACUGUAGAUCAAAGGCGUCAUUUACGGGUGGGACAGGUGGGACAUGGCCCUUCCACUUUUUGCCUUUGCUAAUUUUGUCCCCACCAUUUAAAAAAAAUAAAUAAAUAAAAAUACACUUUAGUCAGGUAAGUGUAUUAUGCAGAAGAAACUGUGGCAGCAGGCUGUGAUGUUCUCUCCAUGUCAUCUCUCAACAGAAUUUCUCCCUUCCCUUUCGGGCCACAAGGGGGCCCCCUAUAACUGUCUCAUUGAGCCGCUACAGCUGCCUGAGUCUUACUCGCAGCUUUUAGUAAAAUAAAAUAAAAAAGGACCUCGCUUUGAGGGCUCCUUGGUGGCUCGAGGGCCCUAAGCGGCUGCUUAUAGCGCUUAUAGCUAGAAAUGGACCUGCAUGUAUUUAUUUACCGACAAAAAAAAUCCCAGUACUGACAGUGUUAAAUGCACGGUUCAAGUUAUCAAAUUAAUUAUGCGAAAUAUUUAUUGGAGUGCUUGAAUUGUUCAUUAAGAAUGACUAUUUAUCAAAACAGUAAAAUAUUAUUUGAUAUUAUCUGCACAUAACCUAAUUAAUAUUAAUGAGUUUCGCCACUUCGCAAUGUCCCAGCCUCCAACUGUCCCCACCGCUUUUUAAAACAAAGUGACGGCCAUGCUGUAGAUACUCAAACAGAUUCACAUUGGGGUAAAACAAAACCCGAUUUGUACCGUGGACAUAUGACCAUUCACUUCCCCAACCCAGUAAAUAUGGGGUUGAAUUGAAAACACAAUUCCUUAAAUAAACAAGCAUGUGUAAGAAAAAUAUUCAACAAAUUUCUUCAAAUAUUCAAAUUCCUUUAAUCUCAAAACAGCUUGAGUUGUGUUUUUCAAUCAUUCUGAGCCUAUUAACUGAAACUUUAAAACCUCAAGGAAUGCUGUUUAAUACAUUUUGAUUUCCUUAUGAGUCUCAUAAGUUUUCUUUUCAUUUUGAUUAAUGAAUAAAUGCUUGGGCAUGUGGAAUUCUGAGUUUUGAGAUUUCUUUGAGAUUUGCUAAAAGUCUGAGAGAUACACUAAAAACCCCACUAACCGUAUAUACAGUAUGUACCUGAAUCUCAGUACAUCUGGCUAAAUAUGACUAACUGAUAAAUAUACAGUAUAACCAUUCUAACAGCAUAGAACUAAGAAUAAUGCUGAACUUUGAAACUAGUGUCCCACAUGUAUUGCUUGCCACCAUAUAUAGCCAUAAGUGGUUUUUGAACUGAAAGGUUUAAGUCUCAGUGAGUGCAAAUCAGGAAUGCUUGUGGAAAUAAAUAAGCUUCCCCACAUUCGAGAAGAGGAACUCACAUCCACAAGCAUUUCCUGUGUAUAGGAUUCUUUUGGUCAGAAGUGUAAAUAGAACGUCAUCCAUCCGAAGGUUUGUAGAGAGAAAGAGACUACAUCUCUCAAUCUACUGCCUCCAUCUGUCCUCCUCUUCACAGAUGGACUCCUUAGAUGGAGCAGUCUGCAUUUCCAUUGGACUGGACCACAGCCCUGUACUUGCCAUCCAUGAUUAUAACAAAACAUUAUGAUCCCAUUGGUUAAUUUUAUGCUUAAAUAUCAACCAUCUCUCAUAUUCAACAGGAGUCCUCAAUAUCAUAAUUUAUUUUUCAUCACUUGAAAUCAGCAGAAUUAUUCCAUAAUUAGAACUUUAUUUUGUAUUAUUAAGACUCAUUUUUAAAGUCUAACUUGUUAGUUUCAGCCUUUUUUCCUUUCAACUCAAAGGUUUAUUCGGUAUAUUUAAUUUAUAGAUGUUUUUGCACUAUAUUCUCACACUUGGGACUUGUGAUGUCAAAAUGUCCUCAAAAUAGAUAUAUCAUAGUCCAUUUAAACACAGUACUAAAGAAAACUGCAACAAAGAGCAUUGUGCCCUCUAGUGUUGUCCUUUAGUACAAUACUCUGCAGUGAAUAAAAACAAGAGAAAGUACACGCAUGCAGGCCUUAACAUACACAUGUACUUUUAAAAGACAUGAUUAAGAUAAUACAUUUUGAUUGAUUUACAUUUUAAGUUAAGUUACAUUAAGAUUAUGUAAUACAAUUAUGUUAUAAAGAUGUAUUGCUAAUUAUUUAAGAACAAGAGAGUUGGACAGACCAUACUGUAGUAUCUUUUAGAUCUUUCCUUUUUUUUUUUUGUAACCACAAUACAAUUUCACACAUGGCAAAUGUUUUCUCACAGGCUUGCAGCAGAUGGACAACAGAGUUUGUGUUCUGUUCUGUCCUUCUCAAGCAUUAUAUUAAAAUAA